AUGGCAGAUUAACUUGAAAGUAAUGCAUCAAAUUAAUAUUAGAAUAAUAAUUUUAAGGCCCAUAGUCUGUUUUAAUGUCUAAUUAUGUUUGCAUUUAAGAUGGCGAUUUUCUAUAACCCCAAAGUCAGAAUUCAUAUUCUGUCCCUAUCGAACUUUCUCCAAAUAAUCCAAUUAAAAAUCAAAUAAAGAAAACAUUAAUUUCUGGAACUGCUAAGUAGAGUGUAUUUGAAGAAGAAGCUUAAAAUCAUGGUAAACCUGAAUUUCUCAAAUUAAUUAUUGCUAAAAGCUUAUAAAAUAACUUUAUUACUAAUUUAUGGAAUAAGUCUUACCUAAGAAAAUUGCAUUAAUUGACAGAAUAUUAAAUCAAAACUAUAGAUGAUUUAAAAUUUAAUAGUACCAUUGCUGAAUCUGUUUAUGAUAGCUUGUAUAUAUUUACACCUUACAGUAAAUUUAUUUUCUUUUGGGAUAUGUCAUAGAUCAUUUUAUAUUUAUUUAUAUUUUUUUGGUUACCUUUUAAAAUAUCCUUUGGUAUAAAUUAGAUCAGUCAAUUUUGGAAUGUAGAAGACAAUCAUUAGAUGGAAUUCAUUAUACUCACUCUUUUAUCAUGUGAUGUUUUGGUUGGAAUGAAUAUGGCAUUUAUAUAUAAAGGAUAAAUCAUUAAAAAUAGAAGAAAGAUUUUCAUAAAUUAUAUAAGAUAGUAUGCUUUUGUCGAUUUAGUAUUAUUUUAUUUAUUAUAUUGGUCUCAUUAGCAGUUUUGA